AUGAUAGCAAAGUCUGCGAAAGUAACCACGAUCACAACAACAACCUUACUAACAACUCAGACGACGACAACAGCGUCUACGAAGAUAAGUACGAUCACAACAACACCCUUACCAACAACUCAGACAAUAACAACAGCGUCUAUGAAGGUAACUACGACAGUAGCAACAACUGAAAUCAUGACAACAGAGUCUACGAAGAUAACUACAAUCACAACAACAACAUUACCAACAACUCAGACAAUGACAACAGCGUCUACGAAGAUAACUACGAUUACAACAACAACUGAGACAGCGACAACAGCGUCGACGGAGAUAACUACGACCACAUCUACAACACUACCAACAACUGAAAUCACGACAGCAGAGUCUACGAAGAUAACUACGACAGUAACAGCAACUGAAACCAUAGCAACUGAGUCUACGAAAGAAGCUACGAUGUUAACAACUAUAUUUCCAACAACUCAAACAAUGCCAACAGCAUUUACUGAAAUAUCUACGACUACAACAACAGUAUUACCAACAAAAACAAUGGCAACAAGUAUAUUUACGCUACUUGAAGUGAUAUCAACCACAAGUAAAGCAGAUAUUCAAGAUACAACCUUAAUAGAAAAGAGUUCGUUAACAAAGCUUGAUACAACAACGGAUAUGACACCAGGAACAUUCAUGUUUACUUCUGCUCUGUCAACAGUUGAAAACAUAUCACCAUUAACAAUGACACAGAUAACACCAGAAUCCACUGAAAAAAUGAUGCAUUAUAUAACAAAUGUAUCUACAGUCAAUAUGACAACCACUCAUUUACUGAAAACAAUUCAGCUAAUAUCAUCAACAACUAGUAAUAAAGUAACAGUCAGAAAAAAUAUCAUACCGUUUACUAUUAUGACAAAAUUAAUAUCAACAGCAAUUCCAAAAUCAAAACCUAUUUCUGAUAAAACUGAAGCUUCAUCAUUCUCUUGGUCUACAUCAACUAAACUAUCACAAACAUCUUACAAUCCUGUUACUUACCUUACUUUUGGCAUACCUAUUAUACUUUUAUACUUACCAAUGAUGAUUUGUCUUGCGUUAUCUGUUUAUUAUCGUCGAAAAAAUCAACGUUUAGCUAGUAAUAAACUGAAUACUCUUUCAGAUUCAGCUAGUACAAUUACCUACAGUGAUAUGAGUAGUAAUUCAGAUCAAUCUGCUAGUUUAUCAUAUACAACAGACACAUUUUCAUUGAUGCCAUCAACACAAGACAAAAAUAUUGAAUCUUUAAAUAGAUUAAACAUAAACCAGAAACGUAUGUUUGAUGAUACAAACUUUUAA